AUGGACGAUGGGUCAACACUAACGCUUAUUGAAGCAAGUCUAGCCGAUGAAUUGGGAAACGAUGGUAUCCAGGAUGCGCUAUGCAUUAAUUGGACAGGUAAUAUCAGUCGACAGGAAAAUAACUCAAAAAGGCUCAACCUACAAAUUUCUGCCAAUGCUCCUCAAGCUAAAAAAUUCCCAUUGAAAAAUGUCCGCACAGUAAGCAACUUACGCAUGUCAGCAGAAUCUUUUGCAGCUGAUAAAAUAAAACAAGGGUAUCCGCAUUUAGAUGGCUUGCCUCUAGCAAGUUAUACAAAUGCUGUCCCCAUGCUGAUUAUCGGCGUAAAUAAUCCAAACUUAAUUUCAGCACUUAAGGUGAGAGAGGGUGGCUGGCAAGAACCCGUGGCGGUGAAAACACGUCUUGGUUGGACAGUUUUUGGUGGUGGUGAAUUAAACCACCGUAACAACUUAAACCUACACAAAUGUAGCUGUGGACAAGAAGCUGAUAGGGAGCUUCAUGAGUUAGUAAAGACAUUUAUAGUAAACGAGAAUGUCGCGGUGGCUACCCCAAAAGCAGAAUUACUUUCAGUUGAGAAUCAGCGAGCAGAGGAAAUAAUGCGCAAGUGCCAGUUACGCGAAAACCGCUACGUUGUCAAUUUGCCAUGGAACACCGAUACGGUCGAAUUGCCAAAUAGCUUGCCGAUGGCAUUACGUCGAGCGGAGUGCUUACGUCGAAAAAUGCAUGGAGACCCUGAAUUGUGUCAAAAGCUAAAGGAACAAAUCACUACUUUAGUCAGCAAGGGCUACGCAACUGAGUUGCCACCAGAAGCAAUUAACGAGCGAGGUGGAAAGAUUUGGUAUUUACCAAUUUUUAUUGUGCGCAAUCUACUUAAACCGAAAAAGCAUAGAUUAGUUUGGGAUGCUGCAGCCAAAGCUGAAGGAGUGUCAUUAAACGAUUUUUUGCUGAAGGGGCCGGAUAUGCUGCGACCACUUAUAAACAUAUUAUUAAAUUUUCGUAUAGGAAGAAUAGCUGUCUGUGGUGACAUUGCUGAAAUGUUUCAUCGAAUUCUAGUACAAGAAGCAGAUACUGAUGCUCAGAGAUUUCUAUGGUUCAGCGAGACAUUUAAAAAUAUUUGCGUUUAUAAAUUAAAUGUAGUUAGCUUUGGUGCGCGAUGUUCACCAUAUAUAGCGCAUUUUAUUCGAAACCUGAACGCAGAAAGAUUUAUAGCUGAAAAUCCUAGAGCAGUGUACGCUAUUAAAAACAAUCAUUACGUGGAUGACUUUAUAGAUUCAACAAAUUCCAUUGAACAAGCAAUAGCAUUAGCCGAGGCAGUUCGCAACAUACAUGAACAAGGUGGUUUCCAUAUGAGAAGCUGGACAAGUAAUGCACCAGAAGUUUUAGCUGCGUUAAACGAAAAUGGUGAACAGACGGGUAAGUCGUUUGAUAAUAAUAUCGACACACUUCCGAUCGAAAAAAUUCUCGGCAUGUAUUGGGACCCGAAGUCAGAUUGCUUUAAAUAUGUUUUAAAAUUCGUUCGUUUACGUCGUAAUGUUUUUGCAGAUGAAAUUGUACCCACUAAAAGAGAAGUACUUCAAAUUUUAAUGUCCAUUUUUGAUCCAUUGGGACUGGCAGCUUGCCUCACAUCAUAUUUAAAAAUACUUAUUCAGGAUAUUUGGAGAAGCGGAAUCGACUGGGAUCAACCACUGGUACCCGAUCUUAUGGGCAAGUGGUUAGCUUGGGUUGCCUGCAUGCCUAUUUUUGCUAAUAUUUCUGUACCCCGUUGUUAUUCACCAUACAUAACAGAAAGUUCAUGUGAUGUACAAAUUCAUACAUUCGUAGAUGCGAGUGAGUUUGCUUAUGCAGCUGUAUCAUACUUCCGCAUUAAAGAUAAAUAUGGAGUAAGUACGAGGAUCGUAGCAGCAAAAACCAAAGUCGCUCCAAUGCGACCGAUGUCUAUUCCAAGAAUGGAGCUACAAGCUGCUGUAAUUGGCACACGGCUUAUGAAUACAAUAUGUAAAGUACACACAUUUGAUAUUAAAAAGCGUUUCAUUUGGAGCGAUUCCAAAACGGUGCUAAAGUGGUUGCGUGGUGAUCCACGUCAAUUUCAACAAUUCGUAAUGUUUCGCAUUGCAGAAAUUCAAGAAGCAUCAACCGUCGAAGAGUGGAGAUGGGUACCCACGAAAUUAAAUACUGCAGACAGUGCAACGAAAACAAAACAAAGUCCCGAAUAUGUGCAGCGGUGGGUCGAAGGACCAGAAUUUUUGCUACAAGACGAGGAUAAAUGGCCAACUGAGGUGGACUUAGGUCCGAUGGAGACCAGUGAAACUCGUGCAAAAUUUUCAUAUCAUCGCGAGACACAACCAUGUUUCAAUUAUGAAUAUUUUUCAUCCUGGAUCAAGUUGUAUCGUGUAGUUGCAAAUUGGCUACUCUACAUUGGGAAACUUAAGGCUCGUUGUGGCGGUUUCAAUGCUACAAACGUUAUUUUGACUGUUCAACAUAUUGAGCGCGCGAAGCUCUUAAUAUACAAAAGCGUGCAACAGGAACUACUUGAAGAUUGGUCGACACUGAAAAUGGGGAGAAUAGUAGAAAGGAACAGUCCGUUAUAUAGGUUGCAGGUGUAUAUGGAUAACAAUGAGCUCAUAAGAGUAAAAAACAGAGCGAGUAACUUUACGAAUGAGUGUAAACCUCAAACUGAUUUUAUUUUCUUACCGCCAAAACAUAGAGUAUCGUACCUUAUAUGUGCGCACUAUCAUGAACGAUUUUAUCACAUCCAACAUGAAACUGCUUUAAAUGAGGUCAGACAAUUGUAUUUCAUACCAAAAUUAAGACCAUUAUUCAAAUCGAUGCGACGAAACUGCAACGUAUGUAAAAUUUCAUCGGCAAUACCUCAAGCGCCGCAAAUGGCCUUACUUCCCCCAGCACGACUAGCAGCUUUUCAACGUCCAUUUACUCAUGUGGGUAUUGAUUAUUUUGGACCAAUGGUGGUUAUUGAGAAUCGCAAAGCACUGAAAAGGUGGGGUGUUAUAAUAACUUGUUUGACUAUCAGAGCCGUUCACAUCGAAAUCGCCCAUAGUCUUAGUACUGACUCAUGCCUAAUGUGUUUAAGAAAUUUUAUUGCCAGACGAGGAGAACCUAUCUACAGCGAUAAUGCAACGAAUUUUCACGGUGUCGAGAACGUUUUAAGAAAGGAGUUGAAGAACAUUGAUUCCUCGGUUAUGCAACACAAGCUAGCUCAUCAAGGAAUAGACUGGAAAUUUAAUCCACCGGCAGCACCACAUAUGGGAGGAGCGUGGGAGCGACUGAUUAGAACAAUUAAGACAGUGCUGUAUCAAAUUUCGCCAUCUCAACGUUUUACGGAUGAAAGUUUACGUACUGCAUUACUUGAAGUUGAAAUGAUCAUCAACUCGCGUCCUUUAACCUACGUGUCACUCGAUAGUGAAGAUGAGGAUCCAAUAACUCCAAACCAUUUCUUGUUGGGGAGCGCUAGUGGUUUGAAACCAUUUUGUGAUGCUAAGAGAAUCGAUUCAAAGAUGUGCCUGCUACAAUCUGAGAUGUUUGCAAAUCAAUUUUGGCGACGAUGGGUGCGUGAGAUACUUCCGACAUUAACGCGUCGCGGCAAAUGGUUCAAUAAAGUGAAACCCAUUACGGUAGGAGACGUUGUGCUGAUAGUUGAUGAAACGGCUAAGAGAAAUACUUGGGUAAAAGUCAUAGUUAUCGAGACAACUGUAGCGAAAGACGGCCAAGUAAGACGAGCUAAGGUCAAAACAACAAAAGGCUUUUUGGAGCGCCCUGCCGUAAAGCUGGCCAUUCUGGAUAUCGGCAAAGUUGACGCAAACGACAUUGGGGUCGCCUGCGGGGAGGAGAAUGUUGCCGAAAAUUGCGAAUAA